AUGGCGGACGAGGCGGAGUGGAUCGAGGCUGAGGCCGGGAACGCGGGCGCGGGUCCUCCAGCGCCCGGAGGCGGCGAGGAAAUCAAGAGGAAGAGGGGGAGGCCCAAAGGUAGCGUCGACUCUUAUAAGAGGCGGAGGCGGCGCGCCGGCGACCCGCCCUUGGCGGUGUCCGUGGCGAGCCUCGGGGAUCUAGGGCACUCGUCCGGCUGCAUUUCCUAUCCCCCACUUCCUCCCCCCUGCACUGUGUACACUGUGCGCGACGGCGCCGCGGCAAUCGCCGCCCAAUCCAUGGCGGACGAGGCGGAGGGGGUCGAGGCUGAGGCCGGGAACGCGGGCGCGGCUCCCGCGCCCGGAGGCGGCGAGGAAACCAAGAGGAAGAGUGGGAGGCCCAAAGGUAGCCUCAACAAGAAUAAGAAGAGCAACAAGGAUAGGACGCCCAAGCCCAAGGCCGGGACCAAGGGGAGGCGGAGGCGGCGCACCGUCGACCAGGCCUUGUCGGUGCCCGCGGUGAGCCUCGGGGAUCUAGGGCGCGCGGUGGCGGCCGGGAUCAGGCCGCUCAGGGAGAGGAGGCCGGCGCCCAAUGCGUUCUUCGACUGGGACAGCGACAGCGAUACUGAGCAUGAUGAUGAGGAAACUACGAUUAAUCAAGUCAACCACGAGAGUGCUAAAACAGGUGUUUCUGUAAAGAAGGGAGGAAGAGGAAGACCCAGAAAAAUGGAAGCCGACCAACUGGAUAGCAAGGCCCAGAGUUUCGAUGGUAAAAGCAAUGGCCAAAUGAAUUCGAAUGCUGCUGGGAAGAAGAGGGGAAGGGGAAGACCCAAGAAACUAACAGUAGAACAAGUGGUUAGUAGGUGCCAGUUCUCCAAUGGUGAAACAAACGGGAGUGAUGCUGAGGCAGCAAGGAGCAAGCAGUCAAGGAAUCAUAAGCUUUUACAGAAUGCAAAGAAGCGGAAAAGAGAUGUAGGGAAAGAGUCUAUGACAAAAAAGUUGAACAAAGUGGAUAAAGAAGAAAAGAAGCUCCCAUCCACCAAGGAUGAAACCCUUGAUAAAAAUAAUAUGAAAGGGAGUAAGAUGUUGACUGGGGAAAAUGCCCUCAUGUGCCAUCAGUGCCAAAGGAAGGACAAACCACGGGUUGUCCGGUGUCAGUCGUGCAAAAAAAAGCGAUUCUGUGUGCCAUGCAUAGAACAAUGGUAUCCUAAUUUGCCAGAAGAUGAAUUUGCUGUGAAAUGCCCAUAUUGUCGCAAGAACUGUAAUUGCAAGGCAUGCCUACGGAUGAGGGGAGUUGAAGAGCCUCCAAAAAAGGAGAUCUCUAAAGAAAAUGAAAUUCGUUAUGCUUGUCAUAUCGUAAGCUUGCUGCUUCCCUGGAUGAGAGAAUUGCGACAAGAACAGAUGGAGGAGAAGGAAGUAGAGGCUAGUAUACGAGGAGUUUCAGUGAAUGAGAUAAAAGUGGAACAAGCUGAGGUUGACCUAGAUGAUCGUGUAUAUUGCGACAGGUGUAGAACAUCUAUUGUUGAUUUUCAUAGAAGCUGCAAGCAUUGUUUCUAUGAUCUUUGCCUUAACUGCUGCAAGGAGCUUCGCAAAGGUGAGAUCCCAGGAGGAGAAGAGGUGGAGUAUGUGCCACCUGAACCUAAAGGUAGGAGUUAUUCUUUUGGCAAGAUUCCUCUGUCAGAGGAUGCUAAUAGAAGUAAGAGCUCCUCAAAUGGUCAGUCUUACAACGGCAUGCCUGCUGUUGGAAACCCCAAUAACGGUCUGUUGCUCUGGAAAGCAAAGAGUGAUGGUAGCAUACCUUGUCCACCAAAGGAAGUAGGAGGCUGUGGUAGGACACUUCUGGACCUCAAGUGCUUGUUUCCAGAGAAGAUGCUUGCUGAGAUAGAAGAUGGAGCUGACAAAGUUCUCAGGAGCGAGACAUUAGCUAAAGCAAUGGUUAGUAGAAGUGAUCGGUGCCCUUGCUUUGAUCAUUCAGGCAAGAUAAGAACUGAAAGCAAAUCAGUACAGGAGGCUGCAAGCAGGAAGGACUCAAGUGAUAACUUCCUAUACUGUCCAGUUGCUACUGGUAUUCAAGAUGAUGACAUAGUACAUUUUCAGAUGCAUUGGGCAAAGGGUGAGCCAGUUGUUGUUUCUGAUGUCCUUCAGUUAACCUCUGGCCUGAGUUGGGAGCCAAUGGUAAUGUGGCGGGCAUUGCGGGAAAGAUCCAAAGGCAAAGCAGAAGAUGAGCAAUUUGCUGUUUGGGCAAUAGACUGCCUUGAUUGGUGUGAGGUGGAAAUCAACAUACAUAGGUUCUUUAAGGGAUAUACAACAGGCAGAACUCAUGCUAGGACUCGCUGGCCUGAGAUGCUUAAGCUAAAAGACUGGCCUUCUUCUAGUUCCUUUGACAAGCGAUUGCCGCGACACGGUGCCGAAUUUAUUAGCGCAUUGCCAUUUCGUGAGUAUACUGAUCCACGAUAUGGCCCGCUAAAUCUUGCAGCCAAGCUUCCUGCUGGUGUCUUGAAGCCAGAUCUUGGACCCAAAAGUUACAUUGCUUAUGGGUUCUACAAAGAGCUAGGCAGGGGUGAUUCUGUGACCAAGCUUCACUGUGACAUAUCUGAUGCGGUAAAUAUCUUAACACACACAGCUGAAGUCACUUGUCAGACUGAUCCCUGUCAAAUUGAAAAAAUCCAAAAAGACAUGAGAGAGCAAGAUCUGCAGGAACUAUAUGGGGGUCUAAAAUCCUGCUCUGAGCUGAAGUUGUCACCAGCUCCAACUGAAUGCAGGGAUGAAUCUGUUGAUGAAGGAUUGAAGACCUCAUAUAGUAGUGAAGACAAUUGUGUCAAUAGAGACAACUAUAAUGGUUUGGACAUCAAUGCUUUACCACCUAAUGACGAUGGAGAUGAUGCAAAGGAUAAAGAAUCAUCUCAUGGAUCAGAAUCCCAAAGUGAACUAGGUCAGUGUUCCUAUCACAGCAAUGGGGUCAACACAACUGAUGGGAUGCACAAUGGAGCUCAUUACAUUUCACACAAUCAAAAAAGCACUGGCAGGAUACAACUCAAGAAAGUUAGCAUUAAACCUCAAGAAGAGAAAUCUGAAAAGGUUGAUUGCAGUGGCAUUGAUGCUUAUCUAAAAGGAAGUUCUGAAGAUAAUCUGGAAAUGCCUGUUGUUGAGAGCUCAGAGCAACAAAGCACCGGUGGUGCUCUGUGGGAUAUCUUCCGCAGACAGGAUUCUGAUAAAUUACAAGAUUAUCUUAGGAAGCAUUGCUCUGAAUUCCGGCAUAUUUACUGCAAUCCAGUGAAAAAGGUAUUUCACCCAAUUCACGAUCAGUCUUUCUACUUAACUCAGGAGCAUAAAAGAAAGCUCAAGGAAGAAUAUGGUAUUGAACCCUGGACGUUUGAACAGAAGCUUGGUGAAGCUGUUUUCAUUCCUGCUGGAUGUCCUCACCAAGUGAGAAAUUUGAAGUCCUGCAUCAAAGUUGCGCUUGAUUUUGUCUCCCCAGAAAAUGUUGGUGAGUGUGUUAAGUUGACCGGGGAGUUUCGACGACUUCCAUCAUUCCACAAAGCUAAAGAAGACAAACUAGAGAUUAAGAAGAUGGCUCUUCAUGCCCUGAACGAAGCUGUAAACUUCUUGGAUCCUUGUUCCUCAGAAGGGUUGAAGAUUGGGGUUGGUGAGAACAGCUGUGGAGAUGAAUCUGCAGAUGAGAAGCCGCCGCCUAAAAGGCAGGGCAGUCGCCGAAGAGGUGAAGUGCCAAGUGUUGAUGAGAAGUCCAACAGCAAAGCCACAGAUGAGAAGCCUAAAAGGCGAGGCUUCAAGGACAACAAGUCCAAAAAGGCAGCAUAUCAAUCUCAGAUUGUGGACUACCAUUGCAUAUAUACGGGAUACUGGACAGAUGACAACGGAGCAAAACUGAAGGAUAAGGGGAGAGAAAGUCGUACUCGCCUCGACCUCGACCUCCGCCGGGAAGCAGUCCCGCCGAUCACUGCGCUGCUCGCCUGGAAGCAGAUCUCGCCGGCGAGCCUCCUCCCCUUUGGCAAGACCUGGCCGGCGACGCCUUUGCUCCCCCCGGUCUCCUUCCUCCUCGACGAGCUCAUCCCAUGGGUCGUGCUCCUCCCAGCCGGGAAGCAGUCCCACCCGGGCUGCCUGCCGCUGGAAGCAUAUCCACGGGCGAGCCUCCUCCCCCCCUCUGGCAAGACCACACGGCGACGCUGCUCCCCACGGGUCUCCUUCCUCCUCGACGAGCUCGUCCCCAUGGGUCGUGCUCCUCCUCGCCGGCUCUCUUCGUCUUCGCUGCCAGCUCCUCCCACACGGUCUCCUCCCAAGAUGACGGGAACAGAGGGUCAAUCUGAAACUGCAAGUGGAACAAAGGGAGCAACUGUCUUGAGAAGGAAUUCAGAUGAUGUGGGAUGGGAGUAUGGGGUUCUUGUUGAUCCGAACAACAAGGACAAGGUGAAGUGCAUACUGUGUGACAAGCAAAUGUUUGGAGGGGUUUAUCGGUUGAAGCAACAUAUCGCCCAGGAAGGAAAGAAUGCGAAGAAAUGCCAGGGCACGAAGACCACCAAAGAGAAGUUGUUAGAGGCUCAAGAAAAGUGCAAGAAAGCACUAGAUGAAGCAAAAAGGAAGAGGGAGGAGAAGACUGUUCGUGAGCUAGAACUUAGAGAGGAAGUUCAUGUAUCUAGGGUUGGAGGGUCAGAGGAAGUCACUUGUGUUGGAAGUUCAGAGCCUCACAAAUUAGGCCCCAUGGACAAAUGGACAAAAGCUAUUGAUCCUACAGCAACCAAACCUAAAUCUUUGACUCAACAGAAGCUGAACAAGGAACUUUGGAAAGAAAGAUUACAUGAGGCGCAUAAAUAUAUUGCAAGAUGGGCCUAUAACCAUGCAAUUGGACAAUUUGGGCCUGGAAUUGAACCUCCAACUAUGUUUGACCUGCGAGGAAGAUUGCUGGAAGAAGAAUAUGCAAGAACCAAGAGUUUUCUGCAAGAACGUGAAGCCGAGAAGUUGAAGAAUGGGUGCUCUAUUAUGACCGGUGCUUGGUCAGAUAAGAAGAGGAGAAGCAUAAUGAAUGUGUGCACUAAUUGUGCUGAUGGAACCAAUUUUAUUUCCUCAAAAGAGAUGUCAGAUGUGUCACACACAAGUGAAGUCAUCUUUGAACUAGUGGACAAAGCAAUCGAAGAUAUUGGUCCAAAUGAUGUGGUGCAAGUUGUGACUGACAAUGCUUCUAACAACAUGGGAGCAAAGAAGCUACUGCAUGAGAAGAGACCACAGGUCUUUUGGACCUCUUGUGCAACUCACACAAUCAACUUGAUGCUCCAGGGAAUUGGCAACAUGCCUCGGUUCAAGAAGGUGAUUGACCAAGCAAAGACAUUCAUCAUAUUUGUCUAUGGGCACACAAGAACACUAGAGUGCAUGAGGUACUUCACUGAGGGCAAAGAGAUAGUAAGGCCAGGAGUGACUAGGUUUGCUUCAAACUAUUUGACUUUGAACAGCAUACAAGAGAAGAAGGACCAACUAAGAAAGAUGGUGAUGCAUAGUAGGUGGGACUCAUUGAAGGAUGUGAAAUCAAAGAAGGGAAAAAAUGCCACAGCAACUAUAUUGAAUCCAAACUUUUGGAAGGAUGUAAAGUUGACAUUGGCUGUUUUUGAGCCAUUGUUCAAAGUUCUCCGUUUGGUUGAUGGAGAUGUGAAGCCGUCCAUGGGUUUUGUAUAUGGAGAACUAUUAAAGGCAAAGAGACAGGUCAAAGAGGCCCUUGGCAAUAAUGAGUCCCGUUUCAAGGAUGUUAUUGCUGUUGUUGACAAGAAAAUGGCUGGAAGACUUGAUUCUCCAUUGCAUUUGACAGCUUAUUUGCUGAAUCCACACUAUAUUUAUGCUGACCCUUCAAUCUUUGAUGCUCCCAAAAUGACAGAAGGAUUUAUCAGUUGUGUGGAGACUUUUUAUUAUCAUGAUGAAGACAUGCAAGAACAAGCUGCCAACAUUGAACUCCAGAAGUAUCAGAAUAGAGAAGGACCAUUUAGCAAGAAGCUUGCAAGGACUUUUGAAAACUUUGAUUAUAAUCCAGCAUCAUGGUGGCGGCUUUAUGGAGCUGAAACACCAGCUCUACAGAAGAUGGCUACCAAGAUCCUAUCUUUAACAGCAAGUUCUUCUGGUUGUGAAAGAACUUGGAGUGGGUUUGAUGGGGUGCACACUAAGAAGAGAAAUAGGCUUACUACAGACCGCCUCAACAAGUUGGUCUACAUUCAAUUCAACAACAGGCUGAUUAAUAAGAGAGCAAAGAUCAAGUCAAAGAAAAUUACUGAUGUUCUCUUGUCUAGUGAUACAACUGAAGCUCAAGGUUUCCUCCAAGAGAAUGGAGAUGAUUGUGCAUUAGUUGUCUUUAGAGAUGAGGAAGAUGAGGAAGAACUCAUGGAAGGUACAGGGAUACCUUGGUCUGUGCUUGGAGAUGAAGUGGGAGCAGAAGAACAACUAGAGCUGCGUAGAAGUGCAAGGGUGAGAGAGCUCUAUGAAGAAGAGUUUGAGUCCGAAGAAGAAGAGUUUGAUGAAGAUGAGGAUGACUAUGUGAUGGAUGAACCCUACUGA